CUGAUGUUCUUUUGCACUCUGCCUCCAGACCGAUUUGAGCCUGUACCCUGCUCCUGAGAGGGUGAAGUUGAUACAGAGUGAGCAACGGAUACUGUAAAAAGGAAGCAUCAUGGCUGACCCUUCAACUAACAUGAGGCUACGGCUGGGAAUAUUAUGCAUCAUCUUGGAAGUCAUCCUCAUCAUCCUCUUUGGAACGCUGGUGGAGUAUAACGAAGACACCGAUGCCAAGCACUGGAAUGAAAAUGGAAAACAUAAUGAAUCUCAAUACGACAAUGAGUUCUACUUUCGUUAUCCCAGUUUCCAGGAUGUGCAUGUGAUGAUCUUCGUUGGCUUUGGGUUCCUGAUGACGUUUCUUCAGCGUUAUGGAUUCAGUAGUGUCGGAUUUAACUUCCUCAUCGCAGCAUUUUCCCUACAGUGGGCCACGCUUAUGCAGGGCUUUGUACACGGCUUGCACCACGGCAAGAUCCAAGUUGGGGUUACAAGUAUGAUAAACGCAGACUUCUGCACUGGUUCUGUGCUGAUAUCUUUUGGUGCCGUUUUGGGGAAGACCAGUCCUGUGCAGCUGCUUGUUAUGUCCAUUUUCGAGGUGACAUUGUUCGCUGUCAAUGAGCACAUCCUGAUUGGUAUCCUUAAGAUUAAUGACGCUGGUGGAUCCAUGACAAUCCAUACAUUUGGUGCAUACUUCGGCCUGAUGGUGACCCGUGUUCUGUACAGGCCCAACCUGGACAAGAGCAAACACAGGAACUCAUCUGUCUACCACUCUGACCUCUUUGCCAUGAUCGGUACCAUCUAUCUGUGGAUGUUCUGGCCCAGCUUCAACUCAGCCAUUACUAAUUACGGAGACCCCCAGCACAGAACCGCCAUGAACACUUACUACUCACUGGCUUCCUGCACACUGGCUACAUUCGCUUUCUCUGCCCUAGUCAGCCCAGAGGGCAAAUUGGACAUGGUGCACAUCCAGAAUGCUGCGCUGGCAGGUGGUGUUGCUGUAGGAACAGCUGGAGAGAUGAUGCUGACUCCAUUUGGCUCCAUGAUUGUGGGAUUCCUAGCUGGAACUAUUUCGGUACUUGGAUACAAAUACCUGACGCCGGUUUUGGAGGAGAAACUGAAGAUUCAGGACACCUGUGGCAUUCACAACCUUCAUGGAAUGCCGGGUGUUCUUGGAGCUGUUGUGGGUGCCGUCACUGCUGCUUUAGCAUCCAAGGAUGUAUAUGGAGAUGGAUUACAUAGAGUGUUCGGUGCUAGUCAAUCUGAGGGUUGGACUCCUGCUUCCCAUGGUGGGAGACAGGGUAUCUCCCUGGCUGUUACAAUGGGAAUGGCUCUCAUUGGUGGGCUAAUUACAGGGUUCAUUUUGAAGAUACCAAUCUAUGGUGCUCCUCCAGAUACUCACUGUUUUGAGGAUACACUCUACUGGGAGGUGCCAGGGGAGGAGGAAGAUCAGUAUGUGCUCGCUGAAGUGAGCACACGAAACGAAGUGGAAAAACUCAACGGCUAAAUUACCAGCUCUCUGCUACCUGUUUGUGUGUUCAUGUUCAUAUGUUCACUUCUAUGGACACACUGUUAAAAGUACCAUCACCGGGAGUGUUCUCUGCAGGAUAUUUUAAUUUUGUUCUUAAAAUAAAAAAGAAAAGUUCAGUUUUUAUUAUUAUUAUAUACUAUUAUAUGAAGCCUUUCAUUAUUAACCAAGUUGAAAGCUGAGAAUGUGCUACACUAAACUCAGGCUGUGUGAAGUCACUCAGUCAACUGUCUAAGAGCUUGUGAGUCUUCAUAAAUCCACAAGAUGGCGAUGAAGAGCUGUCUUUCGCUCUGUGCUGUGAACGAUAAAGACGAGCGAAGCUGAUAGCUUUUAGAAAUAUAUACUUGUCAUUUUAAAGCCAAUUACAAGUGUUUUGCUUAUUUCUUUUAAGAGAAAUGUGUUAUGAAAUGUAUGGGAAAACUUGUGGUAUUGAUUUUAUCUUUGUAUUUCCCUAAAGUAUAUGUGAAGUGUAGCAUGUAAGAAUCCUAGCUGUAAUAUUUCGUUUUUUACACCACAAAUGUUAUCUAUGAAUUACAACUUAUUUUCGCGUUCUUUGUAAGUAAACUUUAUUGUUGUUGUUGUUGUUGAAAAUAAAAAAAAAUGCAGGGGAAAGAUGUGGCGAUAUCUUAAAUGUAUAAG